GGAUUGGUGGAUAGCUGCUCCCGGUGUGGCCCCACGCCAGGCCCUUAUGUCUUUAUAUAGUGUAAACAGAUGACCGGACAGUCCUGAGUGUGCAUCGCAUCUACUCUGCCUCUCUCCAUCUCCUCUGCUCCCUCUCUCUGUGCAGGGCCUGUCACCCCAGCAUCCACCCAGGCUUCUCCUCCUCUUUCUCCUCUGCUUCUUCUUCUCCUCUCUCCGGCUGAGGAAAAAAAAAAAAACGUGAUGUCCACGCCGAGCUUGCUCCUCGCUGUAUCCACGUGGCUCCUGGCCGGGAUCCUCGCAGCGGAGGCGACCUACUACCGGCACCACCGCUACGUCCCGCACUUCUACCGCUACCGGGAGCACUCCGCCAACACUGAGAACCUCCUGCCCGAGGUGGCCAACCCGGCGCCCGCAGCCCCGCAGCCCGGCGUGCCCACGUACCCGCACAUCCCCGAGGUCUUCCACCCGGCGCCCGAGGUCAUCCCGCCGUUACCGGAGGCUUUCCACCCGGUGCCCGAGGUCGUGCACCCCGCGCCCGAGCCCUACCACCGACCCGAGGUGUACCAGCCGAUGCUCGAAGCCUCCUCCCCCGUGAACCAAAGCCGGGUGUUCUACGGGAUCAUGUUCGACGCCGGGAGCACAGGCACCAGGAUCCACAUCUACAAGUUCAUCCAGAAAGACCCCGUCGAGCUGCCAGUUCUGGACAAUGAACUGUACAAUGCUGUGAAGCCUGGACUGUCUGCCUAUAAGGACAAACCUGAGGAGGGUGGCAACACCGUCCGUCAGCUGCUGAAGAUCGCCAAGAAGACGGUCCCGGAGGAGGAGUGGAGGAAGACCCCGGUGGUGCUGAAGGCCACGGCGGGUCUGCGCAUGCUGCCUGAAGACAAGGCCAAGGCUCUUCUGAAGGAGGUACAAGAGGUGUUCGACGAGUCUCCUUUCUUUGUGCCAAGCAACAGUGUUUCCAUCAUGAACGGAACAAAUGAAGGAAUCCUUGCCUGGGUCACAGUGAACUUCCUCACAGGUCACUUGUACUCCAACACAAGGAGGACGGUGGGGAUCCUGGAUUUGGGUGGAGGAUCUACACAAAUCACAUUCCUUCCCAAGUCAAGGAAAACGAUCCAGUCCGCACCAAACAGUUACAUUGCCAGAUUCAACCUGUUCAACAACACAUAUCAGGUCUACACACACAGUUACCUUGGAAAUGGACUGUAUGCAGCUCGACUGGCAACUCUUGGAGCGCUAGGAGCUGAUGGUCUAGACUGGAAAAUCUUCACCAGUUCCUGCCUCCCGAAAAAGUUCAGAGAAGAUGUGACUUUUGGAGGAAGUACCUACAAAGUUAGCGGGAUUCCAGACGGCUACGCAGGAUAUAAACUGUGCUACUAUGAAGUAAUGAAAGUCAUCAAGGGAAUAGUGCAUCAGCCAUAUGAGGUGAAGGGCAGCAGCGUCUUCUACGCUUUCUCCUACUACUUCGACAGGGCUGUGGAGUCUGGCCUCAUUGAUGGCAGUCGAGGUGGUGCGAUUGAAGUGAGGGAUUUUAAGAAGAGAGCCAAGGAAGUGUGCAACAAAAUGACCAAAUACCGUGUGAUCAGCCCCUUCCUCUGCAUGGAUAUGACAUAUAUCACUUGUCUGCUAAAGGAGGGAUUUGGCUUCAAGGACAACACUGUGCUGCAGCUCGCCAAGAAGGUGAACAACGUGGAGACGAGCUGGGCCCUGGGGGCAACAUUCGACUACUUCAGAAACCUCAACAUCCACUAAGGACAGCUCGCUGUCGCUGCAGCCGGCACUGAGGGGACAGUCCUUCACUGUGGGGACGUCCCUUCCUCUGAACCAUCCUUGAUCAGCCCGUCCCCCACACAGACACACCGAAGUCCAACCACGCCUCCUCACCCACCUCAUUUCCUCAAACCUCAGCACUCCUGCGAACGUCCCUAAAACUGUUGAGAGAAAUCACUAUAUUUUUAUAAGGCCAGCUAUUUCUACUGUAUGUUGAGCUCACAACUGGUGGGCAGACUUUAUUUUUGUAAAACGUUUACAUGUUUGAUUCCCUAUGGGUGUCUGAUCUGAAAUGUCUUUCUCACCUAUCUGUAAAGUGCGCACAGGGUAGUUUAGAAGCAACACAACCGGUCUUGGUGUCUUGGUGCUGACUGUGGUCUUGGAGUGAACUGUACAGAACAGUGUAAAAACCUUUAAAAGACUAGUUGCUGCAAGUGCAACCAAAGUUCUGCCUGUAAAUCAAUCUUUUUUUAUUGUAGCAAGCUUGGCGUGGACAUAGCAGUAAAUCUGAUAGGCCCUUAGCCUUUGACAAGUUGAGCAUCAUUGGAUUUUGAGCGUCUUCUCUUCAUAUUUGCACGUAAAACUUUAUUUGCAGACAUUUCAGUGAAGACGUGAUCAGAUGCUUUGGUGUCGACUGAAGAGUUGUUUGUGUUCGUCCUGACUCAGGGGGGCAGAGUGCUGCAGGGGAGAUGCCUCUCACAGACUGUGUUGGUACAGCUUUUUACUAAGUAUGAGGUUAAUGCCUCUAUUUCAGCCAUUAUCGUUUGUUUUGUCUAGCGGGGAGAAAGGCCUCAUCAAGCAGGGCUAAAUUGCAGGGGCCCCAAGUCUGAACUGUAUUUUACAUGAGCGAAGAAGAACCUUUCAUCAACGACGUAAUUUACAGCCUUUAAGUACAACAAAAAAUGUAAACA